AGGGGGUGCUGAGCCGAUACAUGGCAAACAAGACAGCAUGGUUUAUUGAAUUCACACUGCUAGGAUUGACUGAAAAUGCUAAGAAUCAGGUUAUCUUGUUUGGGUUCUUCAUGAUAGUUUAUGUCAUCACAAUUCUAGGAAAUUCUCUGAUGGUCAUCACAAUCACACUAUCCACAACUCUUCAUACUCCAAUGUACUUCUUUCUGCGAAAUCUCUCUGUUGUUGAUAUAUGCUAUACCACCUCCACAGUCCCAAAGCUGUUGUCAAAUUUUUUAAUGGCCAAAAAACAAAUUUCCUUUUUUGGCUGUGUGGCCCAGCUUUAUUCUUUUAUAUCAUUUGGAGGAGUUGAAUGCGUUUUGCUAGCUGCUAUGGCAGGCGAUCGCUAUGUGGCUAUAUGCAUGCCCCUAAUUUAUUCUAAAGUAAUGAGCUGGAAGACAUGUAUGAUCAUGGCUACCACAUGUUGGAUAAUUGGUCUGGUAAAUUCUCUUGCCCAUACUGUAUUCACAUUUCGGCUACCAUUCUGCAAAUCUAAAGCUAUAAACCACUUUUUCUGUGAUAUCCCACCACUUCUGGCCUUGUCUUGCGCUGAUACAUCCAUUAAUGAAAUUGUGGUGUACACUGCUGGAGGGUCUGUGAUCUUUGGGUCAUUUUUGUUAACUAUUAUGUCAUAUGUUCUUAUUGUUAGAACAAUUUUAAAAAUUAAGACAGCCUCAGGAAGAUUUAAAGCAUUUUCAACUUGUGCCUCUCAUUUGGCAGUUGUGACACUUUAUUUUGGAACAAUUGUCUUCACAUAUAUACGUCCUACAUCUACUUAUUCUCUUGACCAGGACAGGGUUGUUCCAGUUCUGUAUGGGAUUAUUAUUCCUAUGCUAAACCCAAUCAUAUAUAGCUUUAGAAACAAAGAUGUGCAUGGAGCAAUAAAAAAAGUAAUUUUAAGAAGACACCAGAUAGCUACAGAAAGAGAACCAAACUAAUUUACACUUAUUAAACACAAACAUAAAUGUUGCAUAGAUGAAGAAACGGCAUUGCUUAAAAAUGAUGACACUUAUUUUUUAUUAUAUUUUUGUUCCACAUUAAAUACACAAAUUGUGUGACAAUAAGCAGCAACACAAUGUGGGAUACAAACAAAACAAGAAUGGCAAGUGAAGGUUGCGCUCUAACUAAAUAAUGUGAGAACCACAAAACUAUUAAUGAUAUAGUCCUUGACGUGAUGAUGAAUAUAUGUGGCAAAUAAACCUAAAUAAAUAAUAAUAAGUAAUAAUACCCACUCAUAAAAGUGAUAUAUGAGGUAAUGA